AUGGCGCGCGGCGAGUGGGUGCAGCCGGACGGGCAGCGGCCGUCCACGGCGCCGGCCAGCGGGCGGUUGCUGGGGAAGACGCCACGAGGGUCGGGGCCACCCGCGCUCCAGAUCGAUCUGUCCUGGAAUGAUAACCCGAGCGCCACCAACAGCCCAGCCACACAAAAGAUUAGGACGCCCUCAAGCACACCCGCACGCAACCCGAUUGUUGAGGGGAUUGAUUCACCGAAAUCAACAACCCUUGACGCUGAUAUUUGUAUCACUUGCUGCUUCUUCCAUCAGUUCCGUUCGUCGGUCCGCUCCUUCACCCCUCCUGCUACCAGCCCUGAGCAUCAGUGGCGGUCGAGCCGCGCGGGCCGUGCCCCUGCGUCGCCGAGCCCCAUUGUGGGCACUCCGGGCGACCGCCCCACCCACCUGCUCACCGUGCACGGGGCGGGAGGAAACGUCGCCCUCUCAGGACAGAACCGGAUCCAUCGCAAAGCUGUGCCCAGCGUGCCUGCUUCUGGCAGUACCCUGGAGUUUGGGGCGUCCUCCUCCGAGCAGGCGAAGCCCAUGAGGAAGCCCGCGCCGCCGCCCUCCAACGACCUCGCAGGCUCUCCGACCCCGCGCGGUGACAAGCCCCGGGGCCCGAAGCAGGUGGCGGACCGGCCGCAGGACAACCGGGAGGAGGCCCCCGUGCGCAGCAAGCAGCUCAGCGAGUACAGCCACCUCAAUAAGAAGCGCGACCCGCUCGGACAGUACGGCUACCAGGGCGUCGAGUCCGCGACGUUCAAGCCGCAGAUCAAGAGGACCGAGUACUCCGGCACCUCGCACAUCGAGGCGGGCACGGUGUGCACGUGGCGGGACGCGAUCGUUGGGCAGGCCUCUCCCCGCACGCGGUGCAUGGCCACCGGGGAGGCCAACCCCGCGCUGCGGCAGAGCACCGCCGCGCGCACCAUGGGCUACGGCGACGCGCAGGGGGCGGGCGAGGGCACGCCCCGCACCGCGCGGCCACAGAGUGCGGCGGCGCGGGACCACGUGUCGGAGGUGUUUGCGCACAAGGCGCCCGAAGGCAUCUCGCCGCGGGACCGAAUGAUUGCCAGUCGAGCGGAGCAACGGAGCACUCUGGGCGGCAGGAGUGAGACGUUCUCCGUCACUGUCCAAGAGAACGCCCAGGCGUUUGCGAGCAACAAGGCCCGGCUGGCAGGCAACAACAACAUCUUCGGGGGCUUCCUCUACGAGCAAAAGUAA